AUGAAUGACAAAAGCAUUUUUAUGAAGGAAAAGAGACAAACGUUUGAAGUGAUAGCUCCGUGGAGUGACAAUGAGUCUAUGAAAGAGAUAGGAGCUAGCAAUGUAAACGGUGCACACACUAGUGAAGGUAAUACACCAGCGAGGCCACUUCAAAUUGUGCGACGUGUGAACGAGGGUAUACAUAACAUUUCUUCAAUCGCGCCUGGCGAAUUUGACUUUGUUGUUGUUCUCGACUUGCAGCAGAUUAUGCUAAGAGAUUUACGACCGAUUAUAGGAAUGGCCAAAACUCUUCGUGUACUCAAUGCAUCACAAAAUGAGAUUGCCACGUUGCCUCAAGUCGACUUUUGGUCACAGUUUCGAUGUCUCAGUAUGUGUUUUCUAUCUCAAAAUGCGUUAAGAACGUGGCUAGAUGUACAAGGUCUUGAAGGCUGUGCUCAUUCGCUACUUUGGCUCACAUUGUUCAAUAAUCCGUUUAUGGGGCAUGAGAAUGCGCGAAGUUUUGUAAUGAAAAGGCUACCAUUUCUCAAGGCGUUUGAUAAUUUCGUGACGACAGAUCAAGAGGUUGUACACCAUGCUGGUGAUUCUAAACCUUUGAUCAAUUACCCCGGCGGUCGCUUUAAUGCAUUGGAACCGCGACUUUGUAUUGCGCAUUUACAAAUGUCCGUUGAGUUUACUUCUGAUGAAUCUGCGCUCCAGUAUAUACGAAAUACAGAGGUAACGAUAGCAACAAUAAACGCCGACAACUCUCCCAGCUUACGCAUUCAGAAGCUAGUGCGGGGAUAUUUAUCCAGAAAUUCUAUUUUUCCACACUUUCGAAAUAUGCGCAAGCUCAUUAUAAAUGCUCAGAAGCGCAUUCGCGGAUUUCUUUUGCGUCAGCUAAUAAAGCGUCAGAUUUGCGAAUUGGUGACUGCAAUUGGUGAUUCAAAGCUUCUUUUUGCGCUCUUUGCUCCGCUUGCACAUCGAUCGUUUGAAAAACUGGGGCCUAUGAUACGCAGAUGGCGUACCCAUAUUCAAGACAGGAAAAAAACCGCUGCUUUCGAAAAGAUUCGAUUGUGGUGCCAAAAAGUCUGUCCACGUCAUGUACAACGCACCCGACAUUUUCCACGCCAUGAUCAAGAAUUUAUAUACUACACGCCUGAAUUUGAAACCGACCUUCUUGCUCUUGCUAUGCGCGUUGCUCGUCGCGACCCUUAUCUAAAAUCGUUGUCCACAGAAGAUCGACUUCGACACCUCAAAGAGCGUUGUGUUCAAUCUGGUAUUAGUAUUAUUCGUGGACCAAACAACUUCUCGGGUUUUGAGCGUCUGAAUUCAAAUUCAAGCGAUAGAUCUUCGAAAUCAGAAGGUUUAUUCCACGUGCUAUGUAAGGAAGACGAGAAGCAUCGAGAGGUCUGCGAGAGAAGCAAUGUAAAGUCUACACUUGGUGUCCCCUUGCAAGAUUUUGAGCAAAGAAUGCCCUUACCGGCACUUAUUCGGGGCUUUUGCAGUGAUAAAGCCGUCGAGGACAAACUUCUAGUAGUUAAAAAACAUUUCUUGCAGAAAGAUCUUGAGCGCUUCGCCUCAAUUCAAAAUCAGCAACUGCAGCUUGAUGCUAGCAACAACGUGGACACCGAAACUCAGUCUUUUCCGAAUUCGCAAUUGCUGCUAGAACAUCAAUCCUGUGCGGUGUUGCUUCAUCUGAAUCAAGUUGCGCAAGAAAUUCAACAGCGUCUGGUCAUUUGCAAUCGAAACAUAUUAACAGCUUGCGUGAAGCAGCAACAACGUCUCAGGAAACUGCGUCAUAAUGCUCCAAAUUUCUUCUUUACCAAGACAAAAAUUCGUGUGCGAGGCCAUGCGCCCACUUUUUUGGAGCGAAAAAAAAUUGUCUUUUUGUCACGUGAACGUUUAAACAGCUACCGAAAGAUGAAAGUGUUUAUACCAUGGACAAUCGACAUGUAUCAGCACAUGGUGAUGCGUCUUGGUCAUGCCAUCCGCAUGUGUUCGGUGGGUCCAGCGAAGGCCUUUGCAUUCUCUUACGAAGAGACAAAGCGUGCAGACGCAGCGUUGUUAAUCCAGUCAGUGUGGCGUGCCUUCGCGUGUCGCUCGCCUCAGACAAUUUUCAAUGUAAUGAGCAUUCGUGCAUGCAUAUGCAUUCAACGGUGGUGGAGAUUUCGUCUUGGUCUAAGUCGUCGACUGGAUGUACUUCGAGCAUGUUUACUGGUUGGGGCUAGCAUUAAUUCUCGCACCCUGUUCAUGGAAUCGAAUGUUUAUCACGCACUUGUGGACUCGUGGCCGGCUGUUCGGGCUGUCGUUAGGCAACAUCACUGUCAUGAACAUCACCUUGGUUACCACAUUGUCUCAAAAAUAUACGCGAAGCUUACUUUAACGCCAGAGCAACUUCUGAUCUAUAAUGCCAGUCGUGAAGAGCGCUCAAUCUCACAUUAUCAACGGCAUGACUAUCAAGUGUUAUCGGAAUUUUCUGCCGACGUUGGCUCAACAAAAAGUGAGCAAUGGUUGAGCCAGCGCUGUAGUGCUUUCCUGCCAGCGUGGAUGCUCGGUGCACCUGAACCAGUGCAGUAUACCACAAAUUCAAGAAUAGAAGACACUGCAGCAUUUUUACUCGUAGAUGGAGUGCAUGUCGAGCCGACAGAUAUCAAGCGCGAAUUAAUGCAUGGUAUCUUAGAGCCAUACAACAUUGAAGGUUCUGUGCAGAUGAAUCCGAUGUGUAAGUUUUCAACUUGCCAGCAUAUUGUCAACUCGGCCACUCGAGUGAUGAAGUAUGCUCGGCAACUUUGUCAUGAUAAGGUGACAUCAAGCUGGCUAAUGGAACCAUCUCAUUCUGUAAUCGAAACAACGUCGUUUGUGCGUCUCAUAUUUCCAUCAGCUGAUGAAGCCAGGAAGCGAGCUUUACUUUUGUUGUGCAAAACAUUUGACCCUAUUUCACGGACAUAUGCGCGGAUGUAUACGCUUGAAGCUUUUUACGAAAAUGCACUUCGCCAUCACCAGUCGACCUUGAGUCAGGUUGCUACUGAAAGAGAGAUUGAUACCUUUUUAAACGAAGACGUCGUCUGGAAGCAAGAUGAAUUUGAAUUUCCAUCUCGAUGGUGGGUGCGAAUGGAGAAAAAGCUUGGCAAGACACGAAUUGAAGCAAUGAAAGACCAUGGAGCAUCUCAAUCACUUUCAAAGAAAUCCACGCUGACUUCUUGUUUCCAUACUCAGCAUAUAUCGUCUAAGGAUCUAGAAACUCGGGAAUCUGUGCAGCUUCUCGAUCCAAAGCCUAUGAGAUCUUCUCGCAUAUUAUUGAAAACCUCUCAACCGGUAAGUGGACGUGGAUCUCCAGUCCCAUUACAUCUAAUCAAUCCAUCCCUUCCUCAAGAUACACUGCUACAUCAAACCAAUGUAUCUAGUCAUAUAAUCAACCCUCAAACACCAUCAUUCUCUUCAUCAACUCUAGGAAGUAGUCGUCAUCAAAAACUAUUGAAUCGGCUUGGCAUACUUAAGUAUGCUUCUAAUCAGGAUAAACUUAAUCAAGAAAAGCGAGCUCGUGAGCAUCUUGUGCGCGACAUUCGUGAAGAACGGGAACGGGCACUCGAGGCGUUAAUUGUGGAUCGUCGAAUGAUUCAGCGCGAAAAAGUAACCGAGGCAGCUAAUCUAAAGCUUGAUAUUGAUGUCAAGCUGCAACGAAUUUGCUUUGAGCGUGAACGUGAGAAACUUCAGACACAAAGCACGCAAGAGAUACAACGACACAACACACGACGUCGCCGACUAACGCGUAAGUUUGAAAAGAGUUUUGUCGCUCAGACGGGAGCAUUGAUGAGGCAUGCUGCUCGGGCUGCCGUUGCCAGCAGCCUCGAGGCAGACCAACUUGAGCAAGAUCAUUUGACUUCUACUGUAAAGAUUCGAGAAGCUGAAGCGCUGGUUCGCCGCCAAGAUGCAAAAAGCUGUUGGUUCGCUCGAAAUCGCCAGGAGAAGCGAAAAACGAUUGCAGUACGGGAUUAUUGCUUUUGA